UCACCCACUACCAUAUAUAAAGUAAUACAAAACAAUGAGACCACCCUGUCAAAUUAGAUACAAACAUUCAAGAAUUGAGAAGGAUCGCCUACAAAUCAAGCAAGCAAAGGAAUAGGGGAAAGGAAGACAAGGCAGCCCGUCAUGUGCUGCUGCGGCGACGGCGACGAGUGCCGGCCGCUGGGCUGGCUGCUGGGGCUGCCGUUCGCGCUGCUCGCCGUCCUCGUCUCCAUCGUCGGCGCCAUCAUCUGGAUCAUCGGGCUGCCCAUCUCGUGCAUCUGCCCGUGCUGCCUCUGCGUGACGGUGGUGCUGGAGGCGGCGGUGGAGCUCAUCAAGGCGCCGCUGCACGUCAUGACCUGGUUCACCUCCAAGAUACCCUGCUAGACAAAGUACUCGGAGUACCACGUCUAGGCUUCAUUGUUUGCUACUAGCUCCAUGUACGACGGGUCCAUGUUAGGCGAGGAUGAUUCAUGUGAGAUAAAUUGACUUCUGAAUGUUUCUGUCGAUCAGUAUUCCUCUGCUUCUUGUGUUGUUUCCUCUUCUUCUUGUAUUGUUUCCUCAUGGCUUGAUGAUUUGAAGUUGAGAAGUUAGUCUGAUCACUAAUGCGACUGCUUAUCGCAGACGUGAACAAUCAAUUUGUUGGAGGUGACUGGUAACUGAAUUAAUUAUAGUUAAUUCUAUGCUUACCUUUUUUUUUU